GUGACUUGCUUUUGGAGGGCUUCAACAACUACACCUUUCUCUCCAAUGGCUUUGUGCCCAUCCCAGCAGCCCAGGAUGAUGAGAUGUUCCAGGAAACCUUGGAGGCCAUGGCGAUCAUGGGUUUCAGCGAGGAGGAGCAGCUAUCCAUAUUGAAGGUGGUAUCAUCAGUCCUACAGCUUGGAAAUAUCGUCUUCAAGAAGGAAAGAAACACAGACCAGGCGUCCAUGCCAGAUAACACAGCUGCUCAGAAAGUUUGCCACCUCAUGGGAAUCAAUGUGACGGAUUUCACUAGAUCCAUCCUCACUCCACGUAUCAAGGUUGGGCGAGAUGUGGUACAGAAAGCUCAGACAAAAGAACAGGCUGACUUUGCUGUAGAGGCUUUGGCCAAGGCAACAUAUGAACGCCUUUUCCGCUGGAUACUCACCCGCGUGAACAAAGCCCUGGACAAGACCCAUCGGCAAGGGGCUUCCUUCCUGGGGAUCCUGGAUAUAGCUGGAUUUGAGAUCUUUGAGGUACAGCUUGGUGGGAUCGGUAAUUUGAGGAUGGAUUUGGAAGCAUGGGGGGGUCAUAAACUCAUCUUUACAUGUGAGCAAAUACAGUAUCAGAUCUUGGUGGAUGCCCAUGCGUUGUGUACAGUUGGCCAGCUCUUCAUGGAAUGCCCAAAGUUGGGUGUCCUCUCUGAUUUAAGCCCUACUUGUCUCCCACAGAACAACCCCCCAGGUGUGCUGGCCCUGCUGGACGAGGAGUGCUGGUUCCCCAAAGCCACGGACAAGUCUUUCGUGGAGAAGCUGUGCACGGAGCAGGGCAGCCACCCCAAGUUCCAGAAGCCCAAGCAGCUCAAAGACAAGACUGAGUUCUCCAUCAUCCAUUAUGCUGGGAAGGUGGACUACAACGCGAGUGCCUGGCUGACCAAGAACAUGGACCCCCUGAACGACAACGUGACUUCCCUGCUCAAUGCCUCCUCUGACAAGUUUGUGGCCGACCUGUGGAAGGACGUGGACCGCAUCGUGGGACUGGACCAGAUGGCCAAGAUGACGGAGAGCUCACUGCCCAGCGCCUCCAAGACCAAGAAGGGCAUGUUCCGUACAGUGGGACAGCUAUACAAGGAGCAGCUGGGCAAGCUGAUGACCACGCUGCGCAACACCACGCCCAACUUCGUUCGCUGCAUCAUCCCCAACCACGAGAAGAGGUCUGGCAAGCUGGAUGCGUUCCUGGUGCUGGAGCAGCUGCGGUGCAAUGGGGUGCUGGAAGGCAUUCGCAUCUGCCGGCAGGGCUUCCCCAACCGGAUCGUCUUCCAGGAGUUCCGCCAACGCUACGAGAUCCUGGCGGCGAAUGCCAUCCCCAAAGGCUUCAUGGACGGGAAGCAGGCCUGCAUUCUCAUGAUCAAAGCCCUGGAACUUGACCCCAACUUAUACAGGAUAGGGCAGAGCAAAAUCUUCUUCCGAACUGGGGUCCUGGCCCACCUGGAGGAGGAACGAGAUUUGAAGAUCACCGAUGUCAUCAUGGCCUUCCAGGCGAUGUGUCGUGGCUACUUGGCCAGAAAGGCUUUUGCCAAGAGGCAGCAGCAGCUGACCGCCAUGAAGGUGAUUCAGAGGAACUGCGCCGCCUACCUCAAGCUGCGGAACUGGCAGUGGUGGAGGCUUUUCACCAAAGUGAAGCCACUGCUGCAGGUGACACGGCAGGAGGAGGAGAUGCAGGCCAAGGAGGAUGAACUGCAGAAGACCAAGGAGCGGCAGCAGAAGGCAGAGAAUGAGCUUAAGGAGCUGGAGCAGAAGCACUCGCAGCUGGCUGAGGAGAAGAACCUGCUACAGGAACAGCUGCAGGCAGAGACCGAGCUGUAUGCAGAGGCUGAGGAGAUGCGGGUGCGGCUGGCGGCCAAGAAGCAGGAGCUGGAGGAGAUACUGCAUGAGAUGGAGGCCCGCCUGGAAGAGGAGGAAGACAGGGGCCAGCAGCUACAGGCUGAAAGGAAGAAGAUGGCCCAGCAGAUGCUGGACCUUGAAGAGCAGCUAGAGGAGGAGGAAGCUGCCAGGCAGAAGCUGCAACUUGAGAAGGUCACGGCCGAGGCCAAGAUCAAGAAACUGGAGGAUGAGAUCCUGGUCAUGGAUGAUCAGAACAAUAAAUUGUCAAAAGAACGAAAACUCCUUGAAGAGAGGAUCAGUGACUUAACGACAAAUCUUGCAGAAGAGGAAGAAAAGGCCAAGAAUCUUACCAAGCUGAAAAACAAGCAUGAAUCUAUGAUUUCAGAACUGGAAGUGCGGCUAAAGAAGGAAGAGAAGAGCCGGCAGGAGCUGGAGAAGCUGAAACGGAAGCUGGAGGGUGAUGCCAGCGACUACCACGAGCAGAUCGCUGACCUCCAGGCACAGAUCGCAGAGCUCAAGAUGCAACUGGCUAAGAAGGAGGAGGAGCUGCAGGCGGCCCUGGCCAGGCUUGACGAUGAAAUCGCUCAGAAGAACAAUGCCCUAAAGAAGAUCCGGGAGCUGGAGGGCCACAUCUCAGACCUCCAGGAGGACCUGGACUCGGAGCGGGCCGCCAGGAACAAGGCUGAAAAGCAGAAGCGAGACCUGGGCGAGGAGCUGGAGGCCCUGAAGACAGAGCUGGAAGACACGCUGGACAGCACGGCCACUCAGCAGGAGCUCAGGCUUGACGACGAAAUCGCUCAGAAGAACAAUGCCCUAAAGAAGAUCCGGGAGCUGGAGGGCCACAUCUCAGAUCUCCAGGAGGACCUGGACUCGGAGCGGGCCGCCAGGAACAAGGCUGAAAAGCAGAAGCGAGACCUGGGCGAGGAGCUGGAGGCCCUGAAGACAGAGCUGGAAGACACGCUGGACAGCACGGCCACUCAGCAGGAGCUCAGGGUCUGCGUCUCUGGCUUUGGCCAUCAGGUCUCUUGGCACCCUCAGAAUGAAGUUGAGAGCGUCACAGGGAUGCUUAACGAGGCCGAGGGGAAGGCCAUUAAGCUGGCCAAGGACGUGGCAUCCCUCAGUUCCCAGCUCCAGGACACCCAGGAGCUGCUUCAAGAAGAAACCCGGCAGAAGCUCAACGUGUCUACGAAGCUGCGCCAGCUGGAGGAGGAGCGGAACAGCCUGCAAGACCAGCUGGACGAGGAGAUGGAGGCCAAGCAGAACCUGGAGCGUCACAUCUCCACUCUCAACAUCCAGCUCUCCGACUCGAAGAAGAAGCUGCAGGACUUUGCCAGCACCGUGGAAGCUCUGGAAGAGGGGAAGAAGAGAUUCCAGAAGGAGAUCGAGAACCUCACCCAGCAGUACGAGGAGAAGGCGGCCGCUUAUGAUAAACUGGAAAAGACCAAGAACAGGCUUCAGCAGGAGCUGGACGACCUGGUCGUCGACUUGGACAACCAGCGGCAACUCGUGUCCAACCUGGAAAAGAAGCAGAGGAAGUUUGAUCAGUUGUUAGCCGAGGAGAAAAACAUCUCUUCCAAGUACGCGGAUGAGAGGGACAGAGCCGAGGCCGAAGCCAGGGAGAAGGAAACCAAGGCCCUGUCCCUGGCUCGGGCCCUUGAAGAGGCCUUGGAAGCCAAAGAGGAACUCGAGCGGACCAACAAAAUGCUCAAAGCCGAAAUGGAAGACCUGGUCAGCUCCAAGGAUGACGUGGGCAAGAACGUCCAUGAGCUGGAGAAGUCCAAGCGGGCCCUGGAGACCCAGAUGGAGGAGAUGAAGACGCAGCUGGAAGAGCUGGAGGACGAGCUGCAGGCCACGGAGGACGCCAAGCUGCGGCUGGAAGUCAACAUGCAGGCGCUCAAGGGUCAGUUCGAGAGGGAUCUCCAAGCCCGGGACGAGCAGAAUGAGGAGAAGAGACGGCAACUGCAGAGACAGCUUCACGAGUAUGAGACGGAACUGGAAGACGAGCGAAAGCAACGUGCCCUGGCGGCUGCAGCGAAGAAAAAGCUGGAAGGGGACCUGAAAGACCUGGAGCUUCAGGCCGACUCCGCCAUCAAGGGGAGGGAGGAAGCCAUCAAGCAGCUACGCAAACUGCAGGCUCAGAUGAAGGACUUUCAAAGAGAGCUGGAAGAUGCCCGUGCCUCCCGAGAUGAGAUCUUUGCCACAGCCAAGGAGAAUGAGAAGAAAGCCAAGAGCUUGGAAGCAGACCUCAUGCAGCUACAAGAGGACCUCGCCGCAGCUGAGAGGGCUCGCAAACAGGCGGACCUUGAGAAGGAGGAACUGGCAGAGGAGCUGGCCAGUAGCCUGUCAGGAAGGAACGCACUCCAGGACGAGAAGCGCCGCCUGGAGGCCCGGAUUGCCCAGCUGGAGGAGGAGCUGGAGGAAGAGCAGGGCAACAUGGAGGCCAUGAGCGACCGGGUCCGCAAAGCCACACAGCAGGCCGAGCAGCUCAGCAACGAGCUGGCCACAGAGCGCAGCACGGCCCAGAAGAAUGAGAGUGCCCGGCAGCAGCUCGAGCGGCAGAACAAGGAGCUUAAGAGCAAGCUUCAGGAGAUGGAGGGGGCCGUCAAGUCCAAGUUCAAGUCCACUAUCGCAGCGCUGGAGGCCAAGAUUGCACAGCUGGAGGAGCAGGUCGAGCAGGAGGCCAGAGAGAAACAGGCGGCCGCCAAGUCGCUGAAGCAGAAAGACAAGAAGCUGAAGGAAGUCUUGCUGCAGGUGGAGGACGAGCGCAAGAUGGCCGAGCAGUACAAGGAGCAGGCAGAGAAAGGCAAUGCCAGGGUCAAGCAGCUCAAGAGGCAGCUGGAGGAGGCCGAGGAGGAGUCCCAGCGCUCAACGCCAACCGCAGGAAGCUGCAGCGGGAGCUGGAUGAGGCCACAGAGAGCAACGAGGCCAUGGGCCGCGAGGUGAACGCGCUCAAGAGCAAGCUCAGGCGAGGAAACGAGACCUCUUUCGUUCCUUCUAGAAGGUCUGGAGGACGUCGAGUUAUUGAAAAUGCAGAUGGUUCUGAGGAGGAAAUGGACACUCGAGAUGCAGACUUCAACGGAACCAAGGCCAGUGAAUAAGCAACUGUCUAGUUUUGCACCACAGCAAGAAAAACCAAAAACCAAAGAACCCGAAACAAAGCAAAACCCAGCAGACUGUACUUAGCAUUGUCUAAAUCCAUUCUCAAAUUCCAAACAUCACAGACACCUUUCACACAAGAAAUACAAAAACCACCACCCUCCAGCCUGGGCAACGUAGUGAAACCUUGUCUAUCCAAAAAUUUAAAAAUAAGCUGGGCGUGGUGGUACACGCCUGUGGUCCCAGCUACUACAGAGGCUGAGCCAGGAGGAUCGCUCAAGCCCAGGAGUUCAAAAAUGCAGUGAGCUGUAAUUGCAUCACUGUACUCCAGCCUGGGCAACAGAGAUCCUGUCUCAACAACCCCCACCCCCACUACCCCUGUAUUCUAGGUAUAAAUUGAAUUUUGUAUGAUGUAAGGGACGAGAAAAACCCAACAGGAAACAGACACAUCCUCCAGUUCUAUGGAUUGUGCAGACAUUGAGUUUCUAGAAAAACAUAUCCAUGGUAACUGGUCCCUGGCAAUUUUGUUUACAUGAAAUGGGCAGAAAGUCACCGAAAUGGGUGUCGCCGCCACCCACCCCCCUUCAUUCCCUAACCUGCGAACCUUUCCAACUUCUCACAUCAGGCCUUUCAGACUUCUUUCCUCCUCUCCUGGUUUCCACACCUCAGACACGCACAGUUCACCAAGUGCCUUCUGUAGCCACAUGAAUUGAAAAGGAGACGCUGCUCCCACGGAGGGAAGCAGGAAUGCUGCACUGUUUACACCCUGACUGUGCUUAGAAACACCUUCACUAAUAAACGGUUAUAAAUCACA